AUCACACCCAUACUUGCGCCACCCGCUUCGCCAUGGAGACUGCUUCCAUGAGUCGAAUUGCAGAUGCAGAAAACGAGGAUGGUGAGGAUCGCAACCCUCCCUUUGGGCUAUUUCCCGCUGAGCUGAAGCCUCUACAGAAAGUCAUUGAAGAGAUCCGCUCAGAGGUGUCAGUUGGGAUAGAUGUUGCGGUGAAGAAAGCGCAGCGAAAAGCGCGUGAACUCGAAGAUACUUUCCCGGCACUCAGCGAAGACGAACGAGCAAUGAUCUCGCUAUACACAAUGGAAUUGCAUCCCAAAGAGCGCUCCGUCUAUUUUGCCAUGAAUGCAGCUCUUAGAGAUAGAGAGCGCGAAGCAGUCAAGGUCUGGAGAUCCGCGAUUUGGCUGCUGGUCACAGCGAUGAACAAGCUCCCACGCGAGAAGGAAACCGUCUUAUACAGGGGAGUCAAAAAGGCCGCUGCAGAGCUAGGAAGGCAGUGCGAGAAGGGCAAGGUCUUUCUGUGGUGCGGGUUCAGCAGCACAACAAGCCAUGUCGAAGGCCUUCAAGCCUUUCUGGGCACAAGCGGGCCACGCACAAAGUGGACUCUGAAGUUGCGGCCGGGUUUCUAUGGUGUUGACAUCCGCCUGUUUUCCUUCUUUCCCAAAGAGUUCGAAGUCCUCCUGCCUCCGCAGCUGGAGUUCGAAGUGAAAUCCGUGCUGGACUGCGGCAACGGCUUCAUAGAAGUACAAUGCGUGCAACUGGAGGAGACAGAUCCAAUACUUGACUUCGUGCAGGCCCAGGUCUGCCAAGCUUCACCUGGAUAUCCCAGCAGAUGCCCCGAACUUCAGGUGACGAGUGCACCAGAGGCGGCACCUCCCGGUUCGGUGCAUUCGACCAGUGCUGCGGUUGAGCCGAGACUUCGUGGACGCGCGUCCAAGGAAUCAAAGACUCCUGUCGAUGUUUCUGGCUGGAACCUCCAUGGGGCCGCGAAGAAGGGCGAAGUUCACAUCCUCAAAGCGCUGCUGGAUGGCGGUGCCGACAAGGAGAGGAAGAACCAGCAUGGUGAAACUCCCUUGCACGUGGCAGCAGAAAAAGGCCAAGUGGGAACCCUCAAAGAACUCCUUGCUGCCGGCGCAGAGAAGGACGCCCGGACCGAUUCGCGUAAAACUCCACUGCAUGUGGCAGCAGAAGAAGGCCAAGUGGAAGCCCUCAAAGAGCUUAUCGUCGCCGGCGCAGAGAAGGAAGCCCAGACUAUUUUUUGUGAAACUGCCUUGCACCUGGCAGCAGAGGAAGGCCAAGUGGGAAGCCUCAAGGAACUCAUUGCAGCUGGGGCAAAGAAGGAAGCCGUGAAACAAGUGGGUGAAACUCCAUUGCACUUGGCAGCAAGGAAAGGCCAAGUGGAAACCCUCAAAGAGCUGCUUGCGGCUGGUGCAGAGAAGGAAGCACGGAACAUUUUCGGUCAGACUCCCGCAGACCUGGCGCGCGAAAAGGGCCACGCAGCGAUCCUGGAGCUGCUGGAGGCGCCGCAAGCCCGUCGUGCAGACCUAUCAGAGGCCAUACAUGUGGACGUCUCCGGUUGGAACCUGCACGAAGCUACAAAAGAAGGUAAGAUUGGCAUUCUCAAAGCCCUGCUGGAUGGCGGUGCUGACAAGGACAUGAAGAACAAGUUUGGUGAAGCGCCAUUGCACGUGGCAGCCGAAAAGGGCCAAGUGGGAGCUCUCAAAGAACUGCUUUCUGCUGGCGCAGCCAAGGACGUCCAGAAGAAUCUGGGGGAAACGGCCUUGCACGUGGCGGCCGAACAGAACCGAGUGGAGGUGCUGAAGGAACUCCUGGCGGCCGGCGCUGCGAAGGAAGUCCCGAACUAUUUGGGAAGUCCAGAACACAGGGGGUGAAACGCCCCUGCACUGGGCCGCCAGGUUUGGCCAAUGGGAUGCCCUGAAAGAGCUCCUUGCGGCCGGCGCAGCGAAGGAAGCGCGGAAUCACGUGGGUGAAACGCCACUGCAUGUGGCAGCGGAGAAUGGCCACUUGCACAUCCUCAAAGAGCUCCUUGCGGCCGGCGCUGCGAAGGAAGCGCGGAGUAAUUUGGGGACGACGCCGGCCGAGCUGGCGCGAGCGAACGGCCACGCGGCGCUCGUGGAGCUCUUGGACGCCCCCGACGGAGAGGCAGCAAAGAACUGAAGAGAAGAGCAGUGCCUGUCUAUGUGUCUCUCUCUUCCGCUCGUGGCUCGGACCGUCGGAGCGGUCGCGCGGUGCCCGAAAACCAGCCAGGCACUGCCAGCGAAGAUGGCUG